CGGGGUUGGUGGAGGGAAUGAGUCUGAACUCGUGUAAAGCAACUGCUGUCGUUCGCUUAUUUCACAAGCGUACGGUGCUUCGCUGUGCCGCCUUCUAACUCACCUUGACUUCGUAUGAGCUGCUCUGAUAGCCCCAUAAAUGAACGGACGCAGGGUGCUAAUAGCGAUUUUUGUAAGCUGCCUGUUAGUGGAUUCAUCGAAUUAGUUCAGCGCCGACUCAGUUAAUUAUGCAGAGCACGGUGCAGUGGGAGAGCAGCCUGUUGCAGUCCGACGGAUGUUAUUCACCAGGAACACCAUGGUGGUGCCAUCUGGGAAUGAGUGCAACUGCGACGAAGGGAUAGCCAUCACUCUCCCCCCGGAACAAACAGAGGCAAUUUUGAGUGUGGAAGCGGGUUCGCUACUCUCUAGCCCGGUCAAAACGGAAGAGAAACAGUUUCUCGAGACUCCCGCAUGCGAUGCACCUACCCACUUGGACAUCACCGUUCCAGGUGCCACGUGGGAUGAUUCUGGAGCACAGCAGAAUAUCUAUAUGCUUACAUUUCCAGCAAACCGCCUAAAGGAAUAUACAGUUUAUUAUCAAUGCAAAAAACCGGGGAGCAUGGGCGCCCUUAAGAGCCACCCGGACGUUCAAGGUAAUUAGUGAACAGAAGGGGCAGAGGGGAAUCAAUCAAAUCCCCGAACUGGAGUAGACGUGUCAAGUCACAGUAAUGGCACAACCAGAGCCAAUGCCGACUGACUCCGGUCCCGUAAAAACGUGCUCAAAAUUCAACAAUGCAGUCUACAUCAAGCCUGGCCCUAAGGACACCCAGGAUGUAUUCAGGUGCAGCGACAAACGUUCUACUGUCGUUCCGGCCCAGACCCCUCUGGCGCAAUUCUGUGAAUCCGCAGACUGCACGCACCCGCAACAACUUACUACAGCUGUUCCGGGGGCAUAUAGGGAUGGCAGAAAUAACGCGGAACGUCUCUACAGAGUGGUCAUUCCUGCAGAGGGAAGAAAGGAAACUCAGCUGUGGUAUAAAUGCACACUGUCAAAUCAGUUCUCCUGCGGAGUGGCAAUCCAAAACAGUUCCAGGGUGGCAUUCAGGAGAAGAAACCAACCGAUUCAUGCUCUCUGCUGAUUAGGGUGAAGACCACAGACAGCAUUGAUGAUGAGGACGGAGAUAAAGGUAUUGAAGAAUGCACGGUAGGCACCGAGAAGAAGGUCACGCUUUUUCCAAGCAGUCCGGUCAGAUUCAGGUGCAAGCUAGGAACGAAUCUGCAGCCAACGUUCUCCGCGGAAAACCCGCAGGUGUACGACGAUUCUAAUGGCGCGUGUAAUGCACUGGUCGCCUUGACCUCUUUGGUAGAUGCCGCGCUCACAGAAGAUAACACGCAUGACACGUACAGCAUGUAUGAUAUCGAGUUGAAAACUGGUCCCCAACUGAGAUGAGAAAGCUCUGCCUGCAGUGCUCUUAUGGAAUGCAAAACUGUAAAGUGUUCAUUCAAGUACCCGGCACCGAUAGCACCACCUCAGGAGAGGGCGGCUUGUUGGAGUUCGAGAGCUCGGUUGUCGGCCUCGUUCUCUGCAUCGGAUUUCUGUUCGUUCCCUGAUGCGUAAUUACUGUCACACAUCCAACUGCAUACCUGAAACCCUGUCAUUGAUAAGACGUUGCUGGACUGUGGUAUGAUAUGGCAUCGUCACUCGCGUCUCUCCACAUUCAGUCGGAUCGGCGGUGCAUGUGUCCCACGGCGACAGAGAGCGCAGUACCUGGUCAGGCAGAAAUCAUGCUGGGCGUCGAAACCUUUCCAGGCUGAGUCCUUGCCAGAGGAUCUCGUGUUGCCUGUCGCAUGGGUACAGUAUAAGAUUACGAGCGUGGCACAUGCGUGUCAUUGUCAAAUAGUCAUUAUUCAUUCUUGAUUUUCAUUCACAUUGCCCCACAAUGCGCUCACCUGCUGACGGACAUUUCAGCGACCCCAGAUCGCCACUGUGGGCACCAUUGUUACCCCCUACAACCCGAU